CGGGCCGGUUGCAAGGGGCCGGCGGGGCGCGGCGCGGCCAGGGCGAAGGGGCGGUGCCGCGGCGCGGAGACGGCGGCCACCGGGGCGAAGCGAUCGGGGCCGGGGCCGGGGCCGGUGGCCGGGCCCAGCCUGACCGACAGCAGCUCGGAGGUGUCGGACUGCAGCGCCUCGGAGGAGGCAAAGCUGCUCUCGCUGGAGCUGGGGCUCAGCGGCAGCGAUGGCGAGUCCCCGGGCAGCGCCCCGCCGCCGCCGCCCUCGGCCGGCGAGGCCUCGCCGCUGCCCGAGGAGCCCUCGGCCGCCUCCAUGGCCAGCAGCCGCCUGCAGCUUAGCACCUCGCUCGCCUUCUCCGACCUCACCGAGGAGCUGCUGGACGCCGGCACCGACGGGCUGCUCCGCGAGCUGGAGGACCUGCGCUCCGAGAACGACUAUCUCAAGGAUGAGAUCGAGGAGCUGCGCGCAGAGAUGCUGGAGAUGAGGGAUGUCUACAUGGAGGAGGACGUGUACCAGCUGCAGGAGCUCCGUCAGCAGCUGGACCAGGCCAGCAAGACCUGCCGCAUCCUGCAGUACCGGCUGCGCAAGGCGGAGCGGCGCAGCCUGCGCGUGGCGCAGACCGGGCAGGUGGAUGGGGAGCUCAUCCACAGCCUCGAGCAGGACGUCAAGGUGGCCAAGGACGUGUCCGUGCGGCUCCACAAUGAGCUGGAGGCGGUGGAGAAGAAGAGGAUCCGGCUGGAGGAGGAGAAUGAGGACCUGCGCCAGCGGCUCAUCGAGACUGAGCUGGCCAAGCAGGUGGUGCAGAACGAGAUGGACAAGCUCCGAGAGAAUUCCCUGAAGAAGCGGGGGUCUCGCUCCAUCGGGAAGGCUGAGAAGAAACCAUCAGUGCAGGAGGACAGCGCAGACCUUAAGUGCCAGCUGCAUUUUGCCAAGGAGGAGUCGGCCCUGAUGUGCAAGAAGCUGACCAAGCUGGCCAAGGAGAACGAUGGCAUGAAGGAGGAGCUGCUGAAGUACAGGUCCCUGUACGGGGACCUCGACAGCUCCCUCUCGGUGGAGGAGCUGGCCGACUCUCCCCACUCCCGGGAGGCCGAGCUGAAGGUCCACCUCAAGCUGGUGGAGGAGGAAGCCAACAUCCUCAGCCGCAGGAUAGUGGAGCUGGAGGUGGAGAACCGCGGGCUGCGGGCGGAGAUGGACGACAUGAAGGGCCAGGGGGACAGGGAGCUGCCGGCGCAGGACAUGCGGUUCCUGGCGGGCAUCACAGGCUGCGGGGACACGGGCGACACGGUGGCGGAGCUGCGCCGGCACCUGCAGUUCGUGGAGGAGGAGGCUGAGCUGCUGAGGCGCUCGCUGCUGGAGCUGGAGGACCAGAACAAGCUGCUCCUGAGCGAGCUCAGCAAGUACAAGUCGGAGCACGACCUGGACGUGACGCUGUCGGAGGACAGCUGCUCGGUGGUCAGCGAGCCCUCGCAGGAGGAGCUGGCCACGGCCAAGGUGCAGAUCAGCGAGCUGAGCGGCAAGGUGAAGAAGCUGCAGUACGAGAACCGUGUCCUGCUCUCCAACCUGCAGCGCUGCGACCUCGCCUCCUGCCAGACCACCCGGCCCAUGCUGGAGACGGACGCCGAGGCCGGUGACUCGGCGCAGUGCAUCCCCACCACCAGCUGGAGGGACAGCACGAACGGCGGCGAAGCCGAUGGGCUCGGUGGUGGGAAGGUGCCCGAUGGUCCAGCCAAGCUGCUCAAGCCCAAGGAUUUGGAGACCUUGGUGGGCAUCCGGGACCAAGCGGUGCUUGUCAGCAAAGCGAUCAACAUCUUGAUUUCGGAUGCCAACGGCUUCACCUCUGGGCUGAAGGCUUGCUUGGAUAACGAGUGUGUUGGGGGGCUGCUGGGCGAGGCGGUGGGCAGCGGAGGUGAGAGCCCCAGUGAUGCCAAGCUGAUGAACGUGCUGCUCAUGCGGCUGGGUGUGCUCCAGCAGGACCUGGGCUGCUUCGUGAGGAAGGUGGAUCACCUCACCAGCAGCCUCAAGGAGCACACAGACUCUUUCAGCUUCUCUGGCCCCAGCAGCCACGACACCACCAAAGAGGGGCUGCAGAAGGAGCAUGCCUCUGACUUCCAGCAGCCUGAUUUUAGGGACGCCGACCCUUACCGCAUGCCCCACGCCAAGGACACGGACCCCACACAGCCCCGGAGCUACAGGACCUGCAGGCCCGAGGAGAAUGACUCCUAUGCCACCGAGAUAAAGGAGCUGCAGCUGGUGCUGUCGGAGGCCAACGAGAGCCUGCGGGGGCUGCAGGAGCAGCUCUCCCAGGAGAGGCAGCUGAGGAAGGACGAGGUGGACAACUUCUCACAGAAGAUCUGCCAGCUGAAGGAGGACCACCAGAAAGCACUGCUGCGGCGCGAGUUCGAGCUGCAGAGCCUGAACCUGCAGAGGCGGCUGGAGCAGAAGUUCUGGAGCCAGGAGAAGAACCUGCUGGUGCAGGAGUCACAGCAGUUCAGGCAGAGCUUCCUCCUGCUCUUCAUGAAGCUCAAGUGGUUCCUCAAGCGCUGGCGCCAGGGCAAGAUGGUGCACAGCGAGGGCGAGGACUUUUUGGAGGUGAACAGCAUGAAGGAGCUGUACCUGCUGCUGGAGGAGGAGGAGCUCGCCCCACAGCAGCAGGCAGACAACAAGAUGUGCACUGGGGAUGCUUGGACCCCCAACACGCCCAAUGAGUGCAUCAAGACGCUGGCGGAGAUGAAGGGGACCCUGCAGGAGCUGUGCACAGAGCUGCGGGAGGAGCGGCGCGGUGCCAGCGAGCUCCAGCAGCAGUUCACCAAGGCCAAGGCUGCCUGGGAGAUGGAGCGAGCCGAGCUCAAGUGCCACAUUGCCCAGCUGGAGUCCAAGGCAGGCAAAGGGAUCACAGAGCGUGCGCUGCCGGAUUGGAAGGUGGCGUUGAAGAGGGAGCGUGAGGAGCACCAGCAUCUCCUAGCUGAGUCCUACAGUGCUGUCAUGGACCUCACCAAGCAGCUGCAGAUCAGCGAGAAGAACUGGAACCAGGAGAAGGUGGAGCUGCUGGCCCGCUUCAAGGAGGAGCAGCAGCAGGCAGAGCAGCAAGCGAAGGACCUGCAGAACAAAAUCAACCAGUUGCAGAAAGGAACCAACCCAUGGGCAUUGAAGCACUCUGAAAUGGAGAAGCACAGCAGCAACUGGAAAGAGGCUCUCAAUGAAAAAAUCACAGACAAAGAGACAAUCUCUGAAGCAGAAGCUAAGGGAACCAACCUCAAAAGGACCAAGUCUGUUUCCUCCAUGUCAGAGUUUGAAAGCUUGCUUGACUGUUCUCCCUACCUCCCUGGAAAGACCACGCCAGGGCUGGGCGACCACUCCCGGGGCAAAAAGGCAUCUGCAGCUGCCCAGCUGCUGCCCAACGGCAUCCGGGACAGCGCUGGCCUUCCUCCCUCCCACUGUACAUAUGUGAACAUUGAGCAGCCUGCCCCCGACAGCCUGGCCAAGGAGAAGCUGGGCAUCUCCUCCUGGGACUACUCAUGGGCACACAGCCUCUCCGCACACGACCCAGCCCAGAAGCAGAUGCAGAGGAGCUACACAGCACCUGACAAAACGGGGAUCCGCAUCUACUACAGCCCGCCGGUGGUGCGGCGGCUGGAGGCACCGCUCGUGCACAGCAAGGAGGGGAAGAUCAUGAUUGAACCUGGUUUCUUGUUCACCAUGGCCAAGCCAAAGGAGCCGGAGGAGUCGGCCAGCGCUGAGAGCACCUACAGCCAGUGGCUCUGCAACUUCUCCAAGCAGCAGCGGGAGCUGCUGGACGCUGGCACAGUGGAGAGCGCGGUGCCGCCGGUGCCCCGCUUCCCCCCGUCACUGCACGACCUGGAGAUCUCCGGCAACAUGAGCGACGACAUGAAGGAGAUCACCAACUGCGUGCGGCAGGCCAUCCGCUCCAGCUCGCUGGAGAGGAAGGUGAAGAGCACCUCGAGCCAGACAGUGGGGCUGGCCCAUGUGGGGACACAGACCACGCAGACGGUGAGCAUCGGGCUGCAGACUGACCUGCCGCGUGGCAGCAGCAUGCACAGUAAGAGCUGGUCCCCGCGCACCUCCUCCCUCGUGUCCGUGCGCAGCAAGCAGAUCUCCUCCUCCCUGGACAAGGUGCACUCCAGGAUUGAGCGGCCGUGCUGCUCCCCGAAAUACGGCUCUCCAAAGCUCCAGAGGAGGUCUUCCUCCAAGCUGGAUGCCUCUAAGGACAGGAGCCUCUGGAACCUGCACCAGAGCAAGCAGAACGGCUCUGCCUGGGCCCGUUCCACCACCACGCGCGACAGCCCCGUCCUCAGCAACAUCAAUGAUGGCUUGUCCAGCUUGUUCAGCGUGGUGGAGCACGCGGGCAGCACUGAGUCCAUCUGGAAGCCGGGCUGCCCUGAGAGCAGCCGGGCCAAGCCCGAAGCACCCAAGUACGGCCUCGUGCAGGAGUUCUUCAGGAACGUGUGCGGGCGGGCGCAGAGCCCCACUGCCCCCCCGGAGAAGAAGGAGACCCCAGGGGAGGAGGGCAGCAAGAGAGCCGAGCACCCCGGCCCGGCCACCCACCACCCAGCAGAGAGCAUCUCCCGCGGCUUGAACAAGAAAGUGCUCAAGCAGAGCAGCUGCGAGGACCCCAAACCCUCGUCCCCCGGGCAGGGGGGUAAGGACGCAGCCCUGCGGGACCCCGACCUCAUCUCGGCCAUAGCCAGCGAGGACAUGGCGUGUGACUGCAGCUCCCAGUCCCUCACCUCCUGCUUUGCCCGGCCGUCCCGCUCUGCGGUCCGCCAUUCCCCAUCCAAGUGCAAACUGCACCCUGCGGACCCCCCCAGGGCGGAGGAGAAGCUGGGGGCCUCGAGUGAGUGAGGCCGGGGGCCGCAGCGUGCCUGCUAUCCAUGCUCCUGCUGGGACAGCACCCGCGCUGACGCCCUGCGGGGCCCCGCUCAGAAGCGGUGUGGGCACAUGUGUCUCCUCACCGUGGGCACAUCUGUCUCCUCACCGUGGGCACAUCUGUCUCCUAACUGUCCCCUCACCUCUGGGGACGCUUGGGAAGCAGAUGUGGAGCCGGCUGCCGGUAGCCCUUGGGGAGCAUGGUGACAUCCACCGUGGUGGCUGCUUCACCUCCUGUCUGUGUGGGACGCGCUCCCAUGGAGCUGCUGCCAGCACUGGGGGGGUCCUCACCGGUGCUGAUCCCUCUGGGAACAUCAGCUGAGAUCCCACCAUGCCGAGGGCUUGCUGGGGCCUGGAAAGGGGAGAGCAGCCGGGGGGCUGCUUGUGUAAAUAGGGCAGGGCUGGGGGAAGCACGCUGGGGACACUGGAUGGAUGCAACAGAUGGGGGCAUGAUGCCGUGUUGGCCCCGCAGCUGCUGCCAGUGCUGCCCAUCCUGCGGGAGCUCCAGCGCAUCCCUGCCCGCCCCGGUUGCAGUGUGGUUGCAUCAGCCUGGGCCGCAUGUGCUUCCCAGGCAGGAAGGAGGCGGGGAAGGUCCCUGUGGUCACCCAGGCUGGGCUGGGCUGGAUGCGGGGCCCUCCCUGGCCACCCUUCUGCUCUGGGGGGGGGGUGCUGAGGUCCUGCAGUGCCGGGAAGGGGCCAGGUGUCCCCCUGGAUCAUCCGGAUGCAGAGAUGGGAUGUCUGGGUGCACAGUGUGGGGAGAGGCAGCUUGUGCCUCUGUGUGUGCACACUGAUGUGUGCGUAUCUCCUGCCACCUUCGCAAGGGGCCACGGCUGUGGUGCCCUCCUGCACUGCACCCACCUCCCUGCCUGGGGCCACCUGUAGUUAUUUUCUCCUCCAAGUGCUGAAUAUCCAUACUUCUCUUUCUUUUUUUCCUCUCUUUUUUCUCUUCCCCUCCCCUUUUGGCUCUGCCCAACUCCAGACAGCCUGCAAUGUAAAACCAAGUGCAUUUUACAGACACCGAAUGGAGCUGCCUGGGACAGGCACCAAUUGCAUUAAGAGAUUGUGGGUUGGGAGCUGCAGUGGGGUCCCCAGUCACCACCAGCAAAAGCCUUACCUGGGGAGGGAGGGGGAUAGCAGCCACGGCCCCCCAUGGCAGUGCAGAGCUCACACAGGGCAGCCCCUGGAGAGAACAGCAAUCCUGGAGGCAGCUGCCUGACCUAUUUCCAAGCUGGUGCCAGGGGCCAGGCAGGGAUUCAGGGAGAUGGAGCUGCCUGUAGGUGCCUCCAGGGGCUCAAUGCAGUGCUCUAGGACUCUGUACACUGCUCUAGGGCUCAGUGCAUUGCUCUAGGGCACGGUGCAUUGCUCUGGGGCUCUGCACACAGCUUCUAGGGCUCUCUACACUGCUCUAGAACUC